AUGGACUCGAAUAUACCCGAUUUGAGCUCGUUACCGAAGAUAAUAGACGUUGAAUGGAAGCUGGAAGUGUUGACAAAUACGCCCGGCAUCGGAUCAGACAAUUUAUUAUAUACAAUUGUGUUAAAAACUGACGGUGAUGAUAUCCGCUUUACGUGUGGUACUCAACAGCUCCAAGAUUUAGUUUAUAAAUUAAAGGACCUUGUGAGACAUUGUGAAAAAGUGAAAUCUGAGUUGUCUUGA